CGUGCGGAUUCGAGACAAUGUGGAGCUCUGGCUGCUGUGUUAUUUUCUUCGUCUCUCUCUUUUCAUUUACAUAUCAGCAAUUUCAUAAACACGGCGAUGAACACAAGUGGAUUUGGAAAAAUGGAGAUAUAAUGCUAAAAGGAUUAUUUCCGAUAACGACGCAAGACGGUGGAAAAUGCGAACGUUUGUUUUCAAAUGGCGUCGCGUGGAUGAUGGCAAUGCUCUACGCAGUGAACAAGAUCAACAAUUCGACUUCACUUUUACCAAACAAAACCAUUGGUUACGAAAUCGAGAACACAUGCGAGAGCAUCCCGAAAUCGAUGAGUUACGCAAUUCAGAUCGUGUCGAAAUAUCGUCCCAAUUCGAUUUGCAAAGGCCACGACGAUUGUUGUCAAAACGCCAGUGAUGCCCGCCCGGGCGAUAAGCGAAUUUCCGCGGUAAUAGGACCAGCCGUGUCGUGGAUUUCCAUUCCUGUGGCCAGAUUGCUGGGCUUGUACGGUAUACCUCAGAUCAGUUAUGCCUCAACGAGUCGCAUUCUUGGUGACAAGACACGCUAUAACUCGUUUCUUCGAACUGUGCCCUCUGACGAAUAUCAAGCUCAGGCGAUGGCAGAAUUUGUUCAUCACUUUCAAUGGAAUUACGUGUUUCUAAUCGCAAGCGACGACGACUACGGAAAAAUGGGAGCUGCAGCGUUCAAAACCGCUGCCAAGAACUUGAGUGUGUGCAUUGCUAAUGACGAAUACAUUGCAUUUGGUUCGCCGAACGCUGAUCGGCAAAUCGAAGACACGCUAUUUCGAUUAAAAAGCACAGAACGAGCCAAAGUUGUGGUUGUUUUCAGUUACUUCGAACAGGGAGAAAGAUUGUUGAAACAGGCGGAAAAAAUGGAGCUUACAGAUCGCACGUGGGUGACGAGCGAUGGGUGGAAUUCGCUCAGUUCCGAGCUUGCCAACAUGAACGUUAGCGAGGCUAUGCUAGAGGGGCUGUUUAGUUUCUCUAUAAGAUCCAAGCAAGUGGAAGAGUUCGAAAGGUUUGUUCGAGAAUUGUCGAUUCGCGAUGCGCUGUCGCAGAACAACUCGUGGUUUACUAGAUACUUGGAGGAAAAUUUGAAUUGUGAAGUUCUCCAAAACGCGGCAGUUAGUUCAGACUCUAAACCGUUACAACUUAAGAAGACGUGUAAUCUUGAUGCAGUGCUCCCCCCUGACCACGAACUUGGUAAAGACUUCGUUGCAAAUGUUAUUGACGCUGUUUUCGUCAUUGCUCACGCAAUACACGACAUUUUAACUUGCAAUGCAUCGCGGCCUCUGGGGCGGUGUCCGAACUUAACUCUGCCCAUUACACCAGAGACGCUGUUCGAGUUUGCGUCAAGCGUCGAAUUUCUGGGAGUUGAUUACAACAAGGUCCAAUUUGACAAAGAUGGCGAGCGAAUUGCCAGUGACUAUGUAAUAAGGAAUCUUCAGCUGAACAAUGAAAACCGUUUUCAAUAUGUUGACGUGGGUUAUUGGAGUAAAAAUAACCAACAAUCAAGUUUUAGUGUUAAUGAAACUUUAAUCAAGUGGAAUUCUGGAAGAAAACCACUGUCGACCUGCUUCCGCGAAUGUCAACCCGGCGAGCGAGUCGUCGGCCAAUCAGAAUGCUGCUGGAACUGUCAAAAAUGUGACAAGGGCACCGUCAGCUUUAAGUCGGGUUCCCUGUCUUGCACGGUUUGCGAUGACUCGCAUUAUGCAAACGCUGAGAGAACACAGUGCAUCGUACGUGAAGUAGUCUAUACGAAGUCCUCGGAUCCCGCGGGAAUUUCCAUUAUAACCGUGAGUUGUGUUGGUAUUGCUGUGUUGACCGUUGUGGCAGUUAUUUUCCUCCGUGAACGGAACACGCCUGUUAUUAUGUGGUCGAGCCCAUACCUGUUGAUCUUGUUUUUUAUCACACUGUACUUGUCGUUUAUCACGAGCAUUACACAAGUGACUAUAAAACCAACUGAUGGUUCCUGUAUCGCGGCAAGUGUCCUACUUCUCAUCAUAUUCGUCCUUUACGCAGCUUUUUUUCUUGCCAAGUCAAAGACUGCAACGCAGUUGCUCCAGUCAGCGGUUUCGCAUCUAACGGACAUGCGCACGGCUUAUUUACAGCUCCUUGAGGUUGGCGUGGUAGUUCUGCUUCAAGCUGUUUUGAUAAUCGCUUGGCAGGCGACGUCACUGUCCGUGGUUCGGUAUCAAAACCAGGACGACAACACUCGGUUGCUUGAGUGUUACGAGAGCUUUCCCGUAGCUCAUAUCAUCGCCUUUUCCUUUCCUAUUGUUGUUCUUGUGCUGGCAACUUUGUUAGCGUUCCGCGAGAGACGUUUACCGGACAAUUUCAACGAAGCGAAGUCGAUGAGUUUCUCCACCAUUGCUCUCUGCAUUCUUCUCGUAGCCUUCAUUCCGACGUAUCGCUUUGUUGUGGGAAACAACCGCAUCCUUGUGGUCGCUUUCACGUUGUUCUUCGCAGUGUUUGCCUGUAUGGGCUGUGUUUUUAUCCCUAAACUGUAUAUUAUUUUCUUCAAAUCAGAAAUAAACACAGUAGUGACCAAUCACGAAACGGUUGACCAGUACGUCACACAUCCGGGACCAUCUCCUAACCAGGCCACCUCAGAAACCCAGUUGAGUCAAGACCAGGGUCACGUGAAUCAUGGCGCCACUUUCGGUUUGACCAAUGGAAGAACGACGUCCCAAUUGUCACGUGAUAGCACAGCGCCUAUUAACGAAUUGACAGAAGAGAAGGUAGCUACUGAUAAUGGCCCCAAACAAAUCAAAGGAAAAGAAACGGGGACAGCUAAUGAGGACGAAAUAAGCAGCAUAAGUGAAGUACUGGCUUAUGCAGUUGUAUGAGGGAAGCAUCACUUACUAAAACACUCUUCGUAUUCAAGCAAAUUUACGUAGUUCUUUCGCAGACAAGCUGGUCUUGUAAUUAACUUUGUCGAGUUGGAUCCACACGAUUAAAAUCAUUGAAAGGUAUACACAGUGUUCUACGAAUUCAAACUAGCAGGGGACGCCUUGUUGAUGUACUUUCGUCUCGUCUAAUGAACCUUGAAGACGAUCAGACUUAAAUAAGGCGUCGCCAUACCUGGAACCAGUUGUUCGAAGAGUGGAUAACGCCAUCCAAUGGAUAACACUCUGCAAUGGGUCGCGUAUUUUUGUUAUGAACUCUCGACCCCUAGAUACGUGAUUUAUCUGGUGGAUAGUUAUCCCCUUGUGUGGUCUGGAUGUUUGUAUCUGUAGUUGCAUAAAUAGCAUGUGCUAUUUGUACUAUCACCAGGCUAGCGCGCUAAACUGUCAAUUGUGGCAAACUAGACCUUGCUACAACAAGAAUUUCUAGUCCACGAGCGUUCGUUUCGUGUGGUGCUCGAAAGAACGUGCGAGAAGAAAAAUGCCCGCGCAAGGGCGAAAAAGAACAACAAGGAGAAGCUGCUCUAAGUGUAAAGAUUUGACAGGAAUUCCGUCAACGUAAGCCUCGCAUUUGCAAUAUAGAACAAUAUAGCAAUUCAUUAGCAUUCUAGCCAUCUUCUAUCCUUAUAAGUCCUUGUCAUCUGUCAUUUAUCGUGUGAUUCGUUUACGAAAUCAAACCAUUAUUGUUGAUUUGCUUUGUGUCCUAAGGCAAGAGUCUUCACUCUUACAGUGCCUCUCUCCACCCAGAUCGAUGCAUAUGUAUCGGCGAAUUGUUUAGGAAAACUUGACAGAAUGUUUGGUAAUAACCUGCGACGGCCCCGUCCAGGGAGGAGUAGAAAUACUCCAAGUCGCUUCAUGCUACAGUAACCAGAGUUAAAAUUAAUACUGAGAGCCAUGAGCCUGGCCUUAUUUUUUUCUCCUUCGAUUGACAUAGGGAUGUAAAAUAUCUUCUUAAAAUUAACCUGAGUUAUAGUUUUUUCAUUCUACUAAAAGUUAACGUUCAUGGCCAAGUUUAAGUAUAAUCAGCCAAUUUUGUCUCUUACACGCUAAGUUUGCGACUCAAAUGUUUACUGGUAAAAGUGAUUAUUUAUUAAGAAAGAAUUAUUUUUUUCUUACAGCAUAUCUUUGUUUUUUAAAUAUCUAUUUUUAUGUAGUGCGGGUGAAACAUGCUAUAGAUAGUUUUGACUGUAAUUACAUCACAACCCGGAAUUUCAUACGAUUAUUUGUUUCCCGUACCAUAGUCUCUAGGUAAAACGAAAUAAUUAAAGACCACAAUGCUGUCCAAUUUGCAAAUAUUGGCUGAGUUCAUUGGCAGAGUCCAAUUUUGAUAAGCCUAAUUAUUUUUCAUAUCGAAUGGCAUGUAGACAUAGAGAUAUUCGAAUAGGCCAUUUCCGAGUGCCUUUUGCCUCAGUGUCGAAACGCGGAGUCUGUGCGAAAAUGUGUUCCCCCUACAGGUUCUUUUCCAUGCAAAUCGAACUGAUUUCGAUAUAAAAGGUUUUACACCAAGACUCGUUUUGAAACAGAGGCACAAGCGAACUCGGAAAUGGUUAACUGAAAAGUUCUUAAACGGAAUGUAAAUAAACAUAUUAUCAAUUUUUGCUCAAUAAACGUCUUAUUGUCAUUUCAAAAUGAUCAGAAAGGAUCCGCUGCGUACCUUACUUAUUUCACUAAGAGACAUCGGAAUAGGUUAACUUCUCCAAACACGUU